AUGUUUAAUCAAGAAGAAGUCAUAAUAAGUCAGUUGGCGUGCUUGAGAAAGAAGGAAGAUCGCAACUAUCGAGGACUUUGGUUUUAUCUUUUGAUACUAGGUAUCUCGAAGUGUACUCUUUCUUCCUCAAUUUGGGGUAAUACAGUGCCGUUUCAAGGUGAACCAAAUACGCGAAAGAAAUGA